AUGAAGAAAGAUCAGAGGGAUGAUUGGUUUGAUUGCUCCGAAGAUAUUGAACUUGUGAGUGACCUUCUUGAUGAUGAGUCUCCUUUCUUUGUCCUACCUCGAGAGACAAUUCAACCCAUAUCAAAAACUUCACAAGAAGAGGCCACUAAACGACUCAUCUUCACUAUCUAUUCAGGGUUAAGAAUUGAAGAUGUCGAGAAUGCUUUAUCAGUGACAACGUGGAAGGAUCAAUGCCAAGCACAACAGCAAACCAGAAUUAAUUCUAUUCUGGAAAGAGGUUUGACUAAGAUAGAGCAUAAGUAUACUCUAAAGAUUAAAAGCUGUGGCAAUGGCAUGGCAGAUGAUGGAUAUAAAUGGAGGAAAUAUGGACAAAAAUCGAUCAAAAACAGCCCAAAUCCAAGGAGCUAUUACAAGUGCACGAACCCAAAAUGCAAUGCAAAGAAGCAGGUGGAGAGGUCCAGAGAUGAUCCAGAUACAUUCAUCAUCACCUAUGAAGGGUUUCACCUACACUUUCCCUACCCAUGUUUCCAACUCAACCAGCCUUUUCAAGAUGAUUCACCAACCAAGAAGCCCAAGAAGGCCAUUUCAGAAGCUGAAUCACAGGCCUUUGGAGCCUCACAAACAACAGAAGCCCAAGAAACAACAGCAAAUUAUACCAACUACGAGCCACUGCCGCCUAGCUCGUUCGAGGGCUGCCCUGGAGAAGAAAUAGCUUCGCAACAAUUUAGCCAACAAGGGUUGCUUGAGGAUGUGGUGCCUUGGAUGAUAAGGAAUCCAUCACACAACAAUAUUUCCUCCAAUUCGUCUUCUUGUUCAUCUUCCCAGUCACGUUCUCCUCCUACAUCACCUGCUUCACUGUCUUGGUCUCCUAAUUAUAAUCCAUGUUUUUUAUAUAAGAAUAAACUCUAGCAUUAGGUGAAUGUUGUGCUUAGUGGGUUGAAACCCAAUUAAAAU